GGUUUCGAAUACAGAAUUUCUUAAGUACUUGAAAAAAAGGAAUUAUUCAUUUCGCGGUUUCUAUAAUUUCUGGAAUUUUCAGUCUAUUAAGAUGGCAGACGACCAAUUUGAUGACGUGGAAAGGGUGAAGGACGCGGAUGAUGGCCUAUUGCAGCAGAUCAAGGAAACUGAAGAAUCUACGAUAUCGCAGCAGGGAAGCAGCAAUCCAAUUGAAAUGCAGGACGAGAUAACUUCGAAGCCCUCGGUUGCUGCCCAACUAGUGGCUUUUGCAGAAGAAAAGAGGGACAUCGAACAGCGAACUCUUGAAUCCACUAACAGGAGCUUGGGUCUGCUCUAUGAAAGCCAGGAAUUGGGCAUGGCCACCGCUGUGGAGCUGUCCAAGCAGCGGGAACAGGUCGAGAAUGUUACGCAUCAACUGGACGAGAUGGACUCCAAGCUGCGCAUCAACAAAAAACGAAUAAAUCGCCUAAAAAGCGUAUUUGGCUCCGUGAAGAACUUUCUCUCCGGUAGCAAGAAAAAGCAAUUAUGUGUUGCUGUUUUGCGACCAGUUAGAAGAGCCUCACAAGAUUCCGAUAUCAACAUUGAUAUGGAAGAUAGCCCGUCGUGUAGGUUUUCACCAUCGGAGUUCAACGACAAUCAUUCAGUGAGUCAGCAGAGUGACGAUUCUAACAAUGGUCAGAAGGCAGAUCCUCUCGAGACUCAGAUUAAAGCCAAUCUGGAGGAAAUGAGUACCAAUGUGUCGGUGCUCAAGAAGAUGGCCACCGAUCUGGGUGGCGAAAUUGAGUCGCAGAACGAGCUGCUGGAUAAUACGAAGAACAAAAUGGACGAUAUUGACUUGCAGAUCGAACAGCAGACCCAAGAAUUGAGCAAGCUGCUAAAUAAAUGA